AUUAGUGUAGAUUUUUCAGUAUAUCAUGACUCUAUCGAGCUACCAGUAUGGGAGACCAAUUUCCAGCGUUUAGUGUACCAAACUGAUCGUCGAGAUCCUUUGGCUACUGGAGAGGAUGGUAAUAGAUGGCUAUGGGCUAUCGGUGUUAUAGUUGCAGUGAUGCUGUUGCUCUUAGCUGCUACUUUCAUAGUGUGUUGCUGCUGUUUGUUGAGCACAAAGUCCAGUGAUAAACCAGUUGUAUCGAAAGAUGAAGAAGAGCCACUGCACACACUUCCUACUCCUCCUCCAUCACUUAUAGACCAAUCCCGGUUCCCUGACAAGCAGGUAACAUUUACAGAACCUGGAGUGAUAAUAGCCAACAACCAUACCACUCCGAAAUUUGAGAAGGAACCACUACAGGUAAAGUGA